CCCUAUUGACAUUUGCACCACUUCCUUGCCCUUCAAAAAGUGACCGUCUUAUCAUUUUAUAUACCUGAGUUCCUCAGCCCACAUUUUUUCCAUUCCAUGCAUCCUCCUACAUAUCUAAUAAUCCAGAACUAGAAAAACCAGAAAGUUAUUAUCGUUAUUGUUUCGAUAAAUUACGAUGAACAACAUCCUCGGACUUCUCAGGCUUCGUAUCAAGCGAGGAGUCAACCUUGCCAUCCGCGACGUCAAGACGAGUGAUCCCUACCUGACGCUCACCAUGGGAUCGCAGAAACUGAAGACGAAAGUGAUAAAAAGGAACUGCAACCCUGAGUGGAACGAGGAGCUGACGCUUUCGAUCACCAACUUGGAAGAACCGAUCCAUCUACAAGUGUACGACAAAGACACGUUAACCGUGGACGACAAGAUGGGUGAUGCAGACAUAGACAUCAAACCCUACGUCGAGUGUCUGAAGAUGGGGUUAGACGCGGACGCCCUCCCGAAGGGCUGCGCCCUCAAGAAAGUUCAGCCCAACAGGACCAACUGCCUCUCCACCGAGAGCUGUUGCGUUUGGGAAAAUGGCAAGAUUGUUCAGGACAUGAUUCUCAAACUGCGAAACGUCGAGUGUGGCGAAAUCGUGCUGCAGAUUGAGUGGAUCAACCUUCCUGGUUCUAAAGGUUUAGCAGGAGUCUAGGUACAACAUAAUUUAUUUGCUCUCUUGUGUAACUUGUGUUUUCCCUUUGUUUAAUGUAUUCUCUUCCAUGUGAAAUUAUAUGAAUCAUGUAACUAAAAUAAUUUUUCUUUUUGUGUGGACAAAUGAGGAAAAUGUUACAAGGAUUUUGGAA